UAACACGACGAAUUGCCAUAUGAUUACAGCAACUGACAGGAAUAGAAAGAACUUUGCUCACCUCUAGUGGACGUUAAAGCUUACUACAGGACGAAUCUAAGUCUGCGCUUUUGCCAAAACUUUACGGUUAAAUUGAUGGACGUGAAAUAGACGUGACGUAAAAAAAGGCUGACCAAUCGGCUCGCAGAAGGGGCGGGACGAGCUCAGAUAACGGACCAGAAAUCCUCCGUCUGUUGUUGUUCACGUCUGAGGAUAAAUAUGUGACUUUUUAUUAGAAACAUCAUGUGAAUAUUAACGCGUGGCUCGCAGGGAGAAGGAGAUGCGUAGAGCUGGAAACGCACUGAACUUCUGUUUGUAGCCUCCUCUGAUCAUCUUUGUCUGCAGUCAGUGACAUGUCUCUGGCUCAGAGGGUUCUGCUGACCUGGGUCUUCACCCUGGUUUUCCUCAUCAUGCUAGUGCUCAAACUGGAUGGAAAGGUGCAGUGGAACUGGUUCCUCAUCUUCCUCCCAGUCUGGGUCUUCGACGGCAUCCUCAUCCUCAUGCUUGCCAUCAAGAUGGCGGGUCGUUGCAAACCCGGGUACGAUCCUCGCAACGGCUCGCCAGACCUGCGGCUGCGUACCUGGUACCUGACGGCCAUGCUGCUCAAGCUGGGCUUCUGCCUGACGCUGUGCGCCAAGCUGGAAAAACUGGCCGACGUAAAGCUGACGUUUGUGUGCAUCCCGUUGUGGACCAUGUUGCUGGGAGCACUGGUUGAACUGGGGCUCAAUAUAUUUCCUGAAAGAAGAGAGGCUUAAAAAGGAUCAGACGGUUGUUUAAAACGUUAGCAUGAAGCAUCACAUCAACAGCAAACCUUUGGGAAAAAAAUACAAGAAGAAAUCUUGGGAACAGAUUUGUGUUUAUGUGGCCACAACUUUGUGAAAUCACUUAAUUAUGUUCCCAGAGAUGACUCAAGACUCAUCUCUGCUAUUGGUAUUCAUCUUCAUUACAAGAGACUUUGUGUAGAAAUGAGAAUCAUAGACCUCGGACCUCGGUGGACAGUCCUGGGCUUCAGCAGAGCUGGGACUCUGCUGUUUGUGUCAAAGCAGAGCUGCUAGUGCAUCAAUGCAUUCAUUUAAAACAGCAAAAAAUGACUGUUUUCUUUAGCAGCUGUAUCUGUGAGACUACUGUGAAGCAAACACUGGAAAAAAAACAUUAACAUCCUCUUACGUUUGUUUUGUUAUGAAUUCAAGAUGUCCAGUAUUGUUUUCUGGUGUUUAUUUUUACUGUAUAUAAGCAGCCGCAGCUGCGGUUGUAAGAAAAAAUAUCCCUCAGUGAGGAGCUGAAUGGUGACUUUUGACUCCUGUAUUUAAGCAUAACUUUGACGCUUAUUACCAAAACACAGUGCAAGUUUGCUUUCAAUGCUUUAGAUGCUGUGUUGCUGCAUUUAUGCACAGACUUUUUUUUACUUGUUCCUUGAGUAGUUUGCCAAUUAUUAUUGCUUCCAGUUAGAAAUUAACUUCAAAAGUGUUCAUGACAACUGCAAGUUUAGCUGCAAGCACACAAAGAAAUAAAUAACUUGGACAUCUGACAUUGUUUUUUCCACAGGCUACUCCUCUCGGCCUCGGACAAGGUCUCUUUUGUAUUCUGUAAAUCAUCGUGUCCCGUUAAACUCAGUAAGAUCUUAUUCUGUCUGACUGAAGUUCAAGGUCAAUAAGACAAAACCCUCUCUGUGAGUUAAAUUAAUUUAAUUACAUUCCUACUGUGUGUUAGGUUUAAUUAUGGAGCUGUAAACUGAAUGAAACUGCUACAUGGAGCUCACCAGUGUUGCAGAUUUUGGUGUUGUUGUCUCACUGGUUCAUAUUCAGACUUUACAGUUACAUGACUCUGCAUGAGUGCAAUUUAAUUUGUGCCAUUGUUUCAAAUGCAUUCUUCACACGAUGUUGCACUCUCUUGAAAAAAUUCGAAAUUGCAUGCAUGUGUUGUAAUAAUAAAUGACCGAUUUACACCACA